AUGUUUGGCUGUAAAGCUAAUGUCGGAUUAAAUAGUCUUCAGAAAGACGCGCUAGUUGAACUGUCAACAGAAGAAGCGCUAGAAUCUAUACUAAUUGAAGACGAAAACCAUUUGAAUGAGGAGAUGGAAAUCGAACCCAAUAUUACCGACGCUGAAAAAUCUGAUAAAGAGACCGAAAACCAAGGUAAUACUACAGAUCCGUCAAAAAUAACGCAAAGUGACCAAGAAAUAGUAAUUGCUCUCGAUAAAAGGAAACAAGAUAUAGGAAACAUCAGAAAAUUAGUCGGACAAUCUCUGAAAAAGCAAGCAGAUAAAAUGUUAGCUCUAUCUUCGGUAAAAUAUCCUGCUGCUAAUACAGGCGAUAAUGUAGUGGUAAAAAUUCCUGAUGUAGACCGCGCCAAAGCCGAUGAUAGAAACAUUAUGGUUGUUAUAAUUUCUCUUGAGACAGAAGGAAUGUAUAAGUUAGGCACUAAGCAUGGGAUUCUAAAUCAACUUUACGCAAGGAAUCAGUUCACUGUCUGUAAAGAAACGUUUGUUACAGUUGAUAUCGUUCCCCAACAUGAAGUUACCAUCAGAGAAUGUGCAUAA